UGUGCCCUGGGUGCAGCCCUAAGAAGCAAAACAAACAAACAAACAAACAAACAAACAAAAAAGAAUCAGCUUCCCUGGAAACUUGAAUGUUAAAGUUUAUACGUAAUAUGUACUUACAUACUUUCAAUGAUUCUCUUUUUUUUUUUUUUUUUGAAAGUGUCAAAUAAAGAGAAGUACCUCAAAAUAAUCUGGGUGUAUAUUAACAUAGAAUAAAUGCAUGAUUUCCAAGACAUAAUGACUUGGGCACAUUAGGAAUGAUAACUUAAAAUUACAUUUAUCAGACUCCUAAACGAUUAGUUAUCCACAAAAUCUCUCAAAAUUACUGAUAUAUUAAAUAUGAGUCCAAAAUACUCUUCUGGCACAGAGGUCCCUCCAUAUUACUACCUCUCCCUAAAAGCAUAUCAAGUAUUAGUUGCAACAUGUUUUUGAACAGUUCACAUUAAGAAUUUUCUCUUACUGAUGCUAAGGAUUUCUAACAGCAUAUAUUUACCGAACUUUAGGUGUGGGUUAUAUUUCUCCUAUUUUACAUGUGAUGAAACCGAGGCAUAAAAGUUUAGAUAUUCUGUGCAGUGUCCCAGAGUGUGCACUGAAGCUUUGAAUGCCUCUCCCUGAUCUCCACAAUCACUGAGAAGCCAUCCUACAUGCCCCAGGAUAUUUUUGUUGAUCUUCACUGUAACACUCAUUAGAUACUGUAUAGCAAUGCUGGGGUUAUGAUUAUGAUUUAUUUAGGCAAUGAAGCUUCUUAAAGUAAGUGCUGGGCCCUUCACAAUGUCUAGAAUAAGAUAAAUACACAAUAAAUAUAUAUUUCGUUAGUUAACAAAUUACCGACAGCAAAGUAUACUUAUGCAAGGCAUAUUUUAUUCAAAUCAUCAUUUCUAGAAACUGAGGUGCAACAAGGAGUUAUUAUUUAAAAAGUGAAAUAUGGGUUGAGGGAGUAAGUUAUUGCAGCAGGGUGAAAUGUAGCCACUGGGAAAAAUAAAAAGUAAAUGGAGAGCUGAGCUAUGAGAUUCUUCAAGAAAACCUCCUCCAUGAAAAAAAAAAGAAAACCUCCAUGAAAUAAGCAAUGUGGUAGAAAAACAUGAUCUGAAGAAAUGCAUGAAACAUAUUUUUUUGUUUUUAUGCAGUUUUAAAUUAAACUAUAUUCUUUUUUUACUAUAAAGGGAAAUUUUUCAACAAUUGGUGACAUUUGAAUAAGACUGGAGGAUUUGAUGUUAAUACCAUAUCAUUAUUAAUAUCUUGAUAAAAAUGUUUUUAUUAUGCUUAUCUAGUAGAAUAUUCUUUUUUGUAAAUACACAUUGCUGUACUGAAUAGCAGAUGGAGCAUCAAGUGACUCAGGAAUAAAAGAUCCUUGUUGUAUAUUUUUCUUUAUCUUUUAUAUUGUUUCAAAAUAAAAGUAAAUAAGAGACAUAAUAAAGUUAAUGAAAUUGUAGCCUAUUGCCUACUGGAAACAAGAGAGGGGUUUCCGUUUUGAGUAAACUUUCUCACCAGGAGAAUUCAUCACUUUGUCCCAUGGCGUUGGAAUAUCUGAAAUUCUUGUUGCCAUUAAAUAUUUGAAAUAUGUCAAGUUUAAACCAUUUCUUGUUCUCUUUUGAGAGAACAUCCCAUCAGUUUUGUAGUUAAAGCAUUUCACAGGGUUUUUUUGCUUGAUUUUUCUUUAAUUCUUUGCUUUCUGUUUCUUCUCUUUUUCCUUUCUUUUUCUUUCUUUUUUUUAAACUUAAUUGGUAUGUCCUUUCUGAAAGCAGUCUCCAGAGGACAUUUCUUUUGCUUUCCUCUUUUAAUUUCAAUUAAUCCCCUGUGCCUCUUAUGGGCAAAAUGAUAAAACUGCAGCUUUUGUUAGUGUACAAUUUGAAGCAACAGUUGGUUGUGGCAAAUUUUAGGUUCCUUUCAUUGGGGGAUUUCCUAAAACAUCUUUUCAUUUAGAGUACAACAUUUUCAAUAAGAAUUUUUAUGAAAUAUUUUUUGUUUUUAAGAAAAUAGAAAAUGAAUCUUAUCUGACAUCAAAUAGUAUUCUAAUUGAAUUAUCUGUACUAUCUAGGUCUGAUGAUUUUUAUGUGUGUGAUUAAAAGUGGAGGAUAUUAGCAGAUGCACAUAAUUUCAAGAUUAUAUCUCUUCUUUGAAUCCUUUUCCAGAAAAGAACUGGAAUUAAAUUUAUUUUUAAAACAACUGAAUAGUUUAUAAUAUUAUAAGGGGGGUAAAGUUUACAUUUAUAUUUUGGUACUUAUUCCUAUAAUAGUCUCAUAGAAGGAAUUAUAUUAAUAUAACCUGGAAGUGGUAAGUCACAUAUAAUUUAACAUACAUAUGUCUAAGUAAAAAAAAAGCUAUUCUAUAAGUACAAGUCAGGUAAUUUUCUCUGACACUUGAAUUGUCAUUUUUUUUUCAUUUUUAUACAGAUGCAAUAUUCAAUUCUUCCUGAGUACAUGCAGCUGAUUAUGAGAAAAUUGAUAUGUUUAAAACCAAAGGAAAAAAUAAUUUAAGGAAAUGAGAUAAAGGAAAAAUGGAAAAAUAUAACAUUGGGAGACAAUAGUUAAUGGCAUAUAUUAGAAUAUUUCCAUGAUAGAGAAAAUAUGUAACUACUAAUAUUGCUAUAUGUUCCCUAUCUUUAAUAAGUGUUUUGAUGAGCUACGGGUUUUUUAAAUAAAUACUGCAAAUCGAUUCUGGUAUAAUUGUCAAGAUGUUGUAAGAAAUUUUUCAGUACUUGAUGACAUACACAAAGAAAAUUCAUUUCUAGCAAUACUUAUGUUCUGUUUAGAAUAUUUAAAUAGAAUUCAGCUCAUUGGGAAAUUAUCAAGUAAAAUUUAAAUUAUCUUUCACGUUAAAAUGGGGAGAAAGAAAGAACUUAGUGUAGUUAUAAAGGAGCAGCCAAUCUGAGGAUGUUUAUGCUAACAAAUGAUGUAAUUUUAGGUAUCCUUUGUCUUGUGAAAUUGAUCAACCAUUUAAACUUAUUUACAUUUCUGAGUAUGUUUUUUUUCUAUGUCUGUAGUUCUUACGAAGUCCUGUUACAUCAGCUUUUUUAGUUGUUUCUUUACGUCUAUUUAAUAGGACUCAAAACUGAAAUGAAGAACCAGUCAAGAGAAAUAGAGUUCAUUCUCCUAGGACUGACUGAUGACCCACAAUUGCAAACUGUGAUUUUUAUAUUUCUCUUUCUAAACUAUAUGUUGAGUGUGAUGGGGAACCUAUCCAUCAUCCUUCUUAUCUUGCUGGAUCCCCGCCUCAAGACUCCCAUGUAUUUUUUCCUCCAAAACUUCUCCUUCUUGGAAGUUUCAUUAACCACAGUCUGCAUUCCCAGAUUCUUAAUAAGCAUCAUAACUAAAAACAAAAUAAUUUCCUACAAUGGUUGUGCAUCUCAGUUAUUCUUUUUCCUUGUAUUAGCUAUUACAGAAUUUUACCUGCUAGCUGCCAUGUCUUUUGAUCGUUAUGUAGCAAUCUGCAAACCCCUACAUUACCCAAUCAUUAUGAGCAAAAAAGUGUGCUACCAACUUGUGCUCAGUUCAUGGGCAGCUGGCUUUCUGCUUACCUUUCCACCAGUGGUCUUGGGAUUGAAACUGGAAUUCUGUGCUUCCAAAGUAAUUGAUCACUUCAUAUGUGACACUUCCCCUGUGCUGCAGAUUUCUUGCACAGACACUCGGCUUUUAGAGAUGAUUGGCGUUUACUGUGCUUUUGUUACUUUGCUCUUCACAUUGGCUUUAGUGAUUCUGUCCUAUAUGUGCCUUAUUAGCACCAUUUUGAGAAUCCCAUCCACUAGUCAGAGGAAAAAGGCUUUCUCCCCAUGUUCCUCUCACAUGAUGGGCAUCUCCAUCUCUUAUGGAAGCUGUACAUUCAUGUAUGUUAAGCCGUCAGCCAAAGAAAGAGCUUCAUUGCCCCAAGGUGUAGCUAUUCUCAACAUUUCAGUUGCCGCCAUGUUAAACCCUUUUAUUUAUACCCUGAGGAACCAGCAAGUAAAACAAGCCUUCAAAAACUUGGUGCACGCCAGCCCCCUGCAAGAGCCCCCACUGCCCAAAAAAGCUAGAACAGCUCGGCCGGGCCGUGAAAAGUCUGCCUACAUUCUCAGGCAGUCCAUCCUAGUCAAGCUGCCCGGGGGAAGAGCCUCUUGGGUUCUCAGUGGCUCAGCUAUCUGUUCCCUCCCUCAGGGGGUGCCAUACUCCUGCAGAACAGCUGCCCAGCACCGCCAGCCCCCUGCAAGAGCCCCACAACCCAAAAACAUCAGAGCAAGCUCUGCCCAGCCGAGUGAUCUGCCUCCAUCGUGGUGCAGACCUCCCAGUCCUGUCUGCCCUCAGAAAGUCCUCCUUUGCUUCAGAGAGACCCUGUCAGCCCUGCCUACCCUCCAGAAAAGCCACACUGCCUCAAAGAAGACUGACAAACAACACCAGCCCUCAGGAAACAUUCCACAGCAGUGACAAGGUAAACACUGCCCAGCCACUUUUAGUGAGUACAACUCCACCAGGAAAAAGAAAACAACAAGCAAGAUAAAGAAGCUGAGAAACCAUCCCCAGUUAAACCAACAAGAGAUC